CGAACGAGUCGUCGAGGGGAUCUGGACAAACGCCAAUCAGUCCUCUAAAUAAAAUAUUAUUUUUGCACAUUAUAGAGACACCAGCGGCAUUAUGUCAAUUUUCUCAAAAAUGCUACUCUUCCGAGGGGUAGCUGGACGUCAUUAUAGCGCCGCAGCUCAGAUUCAACUCCGGGAUAUCUUGAGCACCCAGCUGGCUGGGAUUAAGGAGGCAGGUACCUUCAAGGCCGAAAGGAUCAUUACCUCCUCCCAGAGCACUCAGAUCACAGUGCAGGGAAGCGAUCAGAAGAUUUUAAACUUUUGCGCAAACAACUAUCUAGGAUUGGCGAACAAUCCGGAGAUUGUAAACUACAGCCAGAAGUUAUUGGAGCAGUACGGAGCUGGGUUGAGCUCCGUACGGUUCAUUUGCGGUACCCAGGACAUUCACAAGCAGUUGGAGCGCAAGAUAGCCCAGUUCCAUGGACGCGAGGACACCAUCUUGUAUGCCUCUUGUUUUGAUGCCAAUGCCGGGCUGUUUGAGGCCAUUCUUACCCCGGAGGAUGCGGUGUUCUCCGAUGAACUCAAUCACGCCUCGAUCAUCGACGGAAUCCGGCUGUGCAAGGCCAAGAAGCAGCGCUACAAGCACCGGGAUCUAGCCGAUCUGGAGCAGCAGUUGAAAGCCAGUGAUGCCCGCCUCAAGCUAAUUGCCACCGAUGGAGUCUUCUCCAUGGAUGGCAACAUUGCUCCCCUGGCCCGCAUCGUGGAACUGGCCAAGAAGUACAAUGCUCUGGUGUUUGUCGAUGAAUGCCAUGCCACCGGGUUCUUUGGCGACACCGGAAGGGGAACUGAGGAAUACGCCAAUGUUAUGGGUGAAGUGGACAUUAUCAACUCCACGUUGGGCAAGGCUUUGGGUGGAGCAUCUGGUGGUUAUACUACCGGACCUUCCGAGCUUAUCACAUUCCUGCGCCAAAAGUCCAGGCCGUAUCUUUUCUCGAACACGCUGCCACCCGCGGUGGUGGCUGUGGGUCUGAAGGUGAUGGACAUGCUGCUGACCUCCAGUGAGCUCACCCAGCGAGUCCAGAGCAACACACAGCAUUUCAGGAAGGCCAUGACAAAGGCUGGGUUCACCAUUGCCGGUGAGAACCAUCCCAUCUGUCCUGUGAUGUUGGGCGAUGCUCGAUUGGCUUCUAAGUUUGCCGACGAGAUGUUGACUCGUGGUAUUUAUGUCAUUGGGUUCAGUUACCCGGUGGUGCCUCAAGGGAAGGCCCGCAUCCGCGUUCAAAUCUCUGCCGCCCAUACUGAGCCGGAAAUCGAUCGGGCUAUUUCGGCCUUUAUCGAAGUGGGUCGUUCUCUGAAAGUGAUCCAGUAAAGUGAUCCUCCAGCACUGCAUCCAGCAUUUAUAUUAAAGGAAACUGCAUUUAUAAACCAUAUUUGAAGAAAACUAUUCAUUUAGCAAAA